GCUGAUUCACCGCGCAGCGCCACGGUGCGCGGGCGCGUGUCAGUGAUACACCGUAUUUUCCCGCGGAACUAGUAUGUUAAUAAAUGGCCAUCACAUUAAAUGACCAACGCCGCCGUAGCUUCAUUCUAUCGAUGUAUUUAUCUGAAUAACAGCGAUUCUUUGGAGACAACGAUAUUCGUAACAAGUGACAAUAAACGUUAUAAAGGACAAAAACACGAUCCAAACCAGUCGACGGCUCGCGUCGCCGCUACGUCGCCACUGUUCUGACCCGACUUAUCUGCGGAUAACCCGUCUCAUGACAAUUUGUUUUUAAUAACAGAAGAAAUCGGAGAAAUAAAGUACUUCAUAAGUGAUUCUAAAUUAUUGUAUUUAGACUGAGAGUGCAGUGAGUUGAAUGCAGUUGUUAUUGAUUGCGGAGCUGUAAGGUGUCUGACAUGUGGACACGCGCGGUGUUGUCGAAAAAUAGACAUUAGAGUGUAGAGUGAGAUCACAAUAUAGGACACCAAUAUGACGUGCAGGUGGAUUGUCUGCGUGACGCUGCUCACACUGUUGUUAUUAGGGGACUGCUUGUUCGCGGGCGACGGCUGCAUAGCGGAGGAAGACCGGCCGGGGGCGUGCACCCUGCUAUCAGAAUGCCAGCCGCUCGUGGUGGAGAUCCAGCGGGCUGGAGCACCCAUGCCUUCGCACGUAAGGCGGAAGCUGCAGGCGUUAGCAUGCGGGUUCCAGUACGAUGAACCCCUGGUGUGCUGUUCAACACCAUUCACAAACAACGAACCGGAUCCGGGAGGCGACACGAUACCACCCUCACCUACCCACGGGAUGGGCGUGGUGACCCCAUGGUCAACAGAACCCUCGACGAGACCUUCAGAGAACCCCAACAACCACAGGCACACGCCUGCAAUAAGCAACCCCCACGGUGGCCCACCAGAUGUCCAGAAUCAUAGAAAUCUCAGGAUGUUGCCAACCAACUGCGGAGUGGUGGAAAGUGACAGGAUUUGGGGCGGUAAUAGAACCAGGCUGUUUGAAAUGCCUUGGAUGGUGCUCAUUUCUUAUGAUUCACCUAGAGGACCUAAGUUAAGCUGUGGAGGGACCCUGAUCACGGAGCGCUACGUGUUGACUGCAGCUCACUGUGUGUCCUUCUUGGGCAAUCGACUGACUCUUAAAGGAGUGGUCCUGGGCGAAUACGACGUCAGGAAGGAUCCCGAUUGCGAAAGGGUGGAAGGGGAAUUGCAUUGUGCACCCAACAUCAGGAACGUGUCAAUAGAAAGAGUUAUUUCGCAUCCAGGAUACACUCCACAAACUCUGUUCGAUGAUAUUGCACUAAUAAAAUUAGCUGAGUCUGCAGAUUUCAACUUAGACAGCAUGAAACCCCUCUGCCUGCCAAGCACACCGCAGCUUCAGAAGGAGGCGCUGGAGGGCGUGAGUGCAGCGGUGGCGGGCUGGGGCGCCACGGAAGACGGGCUGCAGUCGCCGGUACUGCUUAGCGUUGACUUACCUGUCGUCGGCAAUAAGGACUGCCAGGAUGCUUACAAUGGAACACCUCAAAUUUACGAGCGACAGAUGUGCGCGGGCGGCGUGCCGGAGAAGGACUCAUGUGGCGGUGACUCUGGGGGUCCCCUGAUGUACCCUGGCCGUAUCAGCAGCGGCACCCUGCGCUACGUGCAACGGGGGAUCAUCUCCUACGGCUCCAAGCGGUGCGGCCUUGGCGGCUUUCCCGGAGUUUACACCAGAGUGUCGCACUAUAUGGACUGGAUUCUAGAUAACAUUGGAAACUAAUACUGUAGAUAAAAGAAAAAAACAACACAUUGCUCGGAUCUGCUGGUCAA